CAUCAACAAAAUAUGCAAUUUUGCAAAUGUGUUGAUGGGUUAAUGUAAUAAUAUAUCGGGACUGCCUGCUAAAUAGGAAUACCAUUCAAUUUUCAGUUGUGUAAUAAAUAUACAAAAAAGUUGUUUUCUUAUUGACGCGGAGACUCACGAACGUCAUUAAUCUUAACACAGCGAGUCGAGCUUUUCCGCCAAGAGCGUUUUCUCUUCACUUGUUUUCACUAAGUCCAUUAGGUAACAAAGGCAAAAAUGUCAGCUGAAUAUUUUGACCGUUUGAGCGAUAUUGAGAUACAAAGAAUAUUAAUGCAAAUGGGACUUCCAAAUACUCCAGUAACUGAAACGACAAGGCCUAUACUAAUCAAAAAAAUAUUAAAAAAUAUAAAAAAAGAAAAACUAAAAAGUGGAAAAAUCACAAAUUAUGUACUUUACUGUAAUGAAAAGCAUCCGCGUCCUACAAUUCCUAUACAAGAAAGCUUAAAUAUCUUAGAAAAUGAUCUUGAAAACAAGGUUAAUGUUCGUCGUAAUCUUUCAUCAUACCAUAAAUGCCAUGCAGAUAAAAAUACCGUAAAAAAUGUUGGAUUAACGGUUUAUGCGCCACGACUCCUUUUAGAAUCUGAUUAUGAAAAUGAAAAUGAACUGCAUUCCUUAAACGUUCCUAGUAAAUAUCGUAAGCCGCUUGUAUACUCGACAGAUAAAUCGGCCGGAUACCUUAAGGUAUAUGGAAAAUCUAAUAAUUGUGAUGGAGGUGUUGUUAACAGACUACUAAGUUUUCGCGAUGCUUCAAUUAAAAAAAAAAUAUCGUUCAAAGAUGGAUACCCUGUACAUGCUUCAAAAUCACUGAUGAGAAAUAGUUUUAUACAAAAAUUGUUUGCUUUUAACGCAAAAUCGUUUCUAAAAACACCUGAUGUUAGCCAAAAUAUAAUACCACCAGUUCUUAUUGCUUCAUUAUUACUUUUCUUAAUAAUGAUUUCAAUUUUAUACACCGCAAGAAAAUUUGACUCUAGUCCUAUUUCCCAAAAAGACAUAAAAUAUACCAUGUGUAAUGAAAAUGACAACAAUCCACAAGCUUCUUCUCAACAAAUUAAGUGUAUCAACGAAGAUUUGUUAAAUAAGGCGAUGUACAUAAGUAAUGAGCUUUUUAAGUGUUUAAAUGAAAGAGCAAGACUACACCAUUGUAUAAGCGAAGAUCAUUCUGCAAUGCUAGACAUGCGUGAGUUUAGAAAAGCUUUAAGCAGGAACAGUGAAAUGCAUAACCUGCAAAAUAAACUAUUGGCUAUGGAGUACCUUAUCGCUCAAAAUCCACAGUGGAUGAUAAAUACAAUUGUUUCAACUUAUAACUCUUCAGAGAAAACUGUCUCAUUCGAGCUUCUUGAACCAAAUUUACCAUUCAAGUGUCUUAUUUUCAAAAAAAUUACACGAUUCUUUACAGUUCUUGGGUUACUUAUUGUUGUUAUAUCAGGAUGUUUAAUAGUUUAUUUCUUAUCUGUUGUGUAUCGUAUGAAACAGAAAGAAAGUCUAUUAAUAACUGAACAGUUUAUUAAAGAUAUAAUCAACGAAUUAAUGUAUCGAUGUUCCCAUGCAGAAAAUUCGGAGAUAUUAAUCAAUCAAUUACAAGAUAAAUUUGUACCAGUUCAGAACCGCCAUAAACUGUUAUAUUCUUGGAACAAGGCUCUACAGAUCUUAGAGGGAAAUGAUAACCGUGUGAUAUUUGGUAUGAUUAUACGAAAUGGAGAACAACUACGUACUAUUACAUUGAAUAAAAACAUUGCCAUAAGGGACUUUGGCACAUCAAAAAAAUGGCAAAGCUCUGCGUUUGAUAACUCGAAUAAAAUACUUAAUCCGCCUACAUCUUGCUUAAAAAUAAGACACAUGUUUGAUGCCACUGAAAUAAAAGAACAUAAUUUAAGGCAAUCGAUCAUAGAAUCCAUAUUUGAAAAAGUAGGUCCAAGUUGCAACAUUUGUGAUAUCCAACUAGAUACCCAGUCUUGCUGUGUGUAUAUACGAUGUGCCAGUGAAGCAGACGCUGGAAUAGUUCACAACGAAAUAAAUGGGUGGUGGUUUGAUAAGCGGCUGAUAUCAAUUAAGUUUCUUCGACUUGAACGCUAUUUAAAUCGUUUUCCUAAAUCCCUGUCGAAUUCAUCAUAUUUAAAAUCUUCAAAUGUUAACUAAAUCCUACGUUGUAAAAGUUCAUUAGAAACUAAGGGAAAUAAAUAAUUAUUC